AUGAAGAGGGUGAAAGGAGAUGAGGACGCCUGCAGCUCUUCCAGCGAGGGCCCAACCGAGUCCUGCAAGAAGGUGCGGAAGCUACAGCCAAGCAAAGAGAAGCACCAACAGGAGGAGGAGGAGGAGGAGGAGGAGGAGGAAGAGACGGAUGUAGAUCUCAGCGAGUUUGGCUUCGACUGGGCACUGCUCCCUCAGGAGAUCCUGCUCAACAUCUUCCAAUUCCUGCCUCUUCUGGACCGGGCGUACGCCUCGCAGGUGUGCCGCGGCUGGAACCAAGCUUUCCACAUGCCCGAGCUGUGGCGGUGCUUUGAGUUUGAGCUGAACCAGCCUGCCAGUUCUUACCUGAAGGCGACACACCCAGACCUAAUCAAGCAGAUCAUCAAGAGGCAUUCGAACCACCUGCAGUAUGUCAGCUUCAAAGUGAGUGGGAAAGACAAUUUACUGUUUCCCCUUUAUCAAUUUAGAAGCGGCGGGCCGCCGCUGCUAAAUUGUUGCAGCCACUUCCAAGUUUUAUAUUUUCGGGAUGGUAAAACAAUUUUCUGUGUAAACUUAAAUGACUAAAACAAGAAAGUAUAUUUUAAAAUAAGAUCAUCUUUUGAGAACUAACAAUAACCAAAAUAAAAGGGAGAAUCUAAAAUUAAAAUUAAUGUCAUGGGGCCCCCAUUCAUUUUGUUAUUUUUGAGUCACUGCGAUAGCAUAAGAACACGGCAUAAACCAUGGCAAAUUUUGUAGAAUUGUAGGAUAUUAGCUUUAAAACUGCACAUUUUCUCUUGGGUUUGCUGAAUUGCAGGAAAUUAGUUUAAAAGCAGGAAAAUGUGUCUGCGACCAAGAUGAGGGCCUCUAAAAUGUUGGUUGGAGACAGCGCCAUUGUCCACGCGGACUACCUACGCCAACUUUGCCACCGCUGCUGAAAAAUCCUAGGGGAAACUGCAAUGAUGUAUGUUUUUGAUUAAGAAUGGUACGUGAAAUCAAGAUUACAUUUUAUGAUAGGCGUCAGGCGUUGGGUGAACAAAAAUAUAAAUGCAACAUGCAACAAUUUCAACGAUUUUACUGAGUUACAGUUCAUAUAAGGAAAUCAGUCAAUUGAAAUAAAUUAAUUAGUCCUUAUGAAAGAGAAAUUAACAUUUAAAUUCUCUGGCAACAGCUCUGGUGGACAUUCCUGCAGUCAGCAUGCCAAUUGCAUGCUCCCUCAACUUGAGACAUCUGUGGCAUUGUGUUGUGUGACACAACUGCACAUUUUAGAGUGGCCUUUUAUUGUCCCCAGCACAAGGUGCACCUGUGUAAUGAUCAUACUGUUUAAUUAGCUUAUUGAUAUGCCACACCUGUCAGGUGGAUGGAUUAUCUUGGCAAAGGAGAAAUGCUCACUAACAGGGAUGUAAACAAAUUUGUGCACAACAUUUGAGACGCUUUUAUAUUAGCUCAUGGGACCAACACUACAUGUUGCGUUUAUAUUUUUGUUAAGUAUACAUUUUAUUUUUUUAUCUCUAGGUGGACAGCAGCACGGAGUCUGCUGAGGCAGCCUGUGACAUUCUCUCCCAGCUGGUGAACUGUUCACUAAAGACUCUAGGGCUCAUCUCCACGGCCAGACCAAGCUUCAUGGAGUUGCCCAAGGUAGCGUACACUCAACCUGUUGGAAUCAGAGCCAUUGAUUGGCCUUACAGUGCAUUUGGAAAGUAUUCAGACCCCAUGACUUUUUCCACAUUUUGUUAAGUGACAGCCUUAUUCUAAAAUUGACUAAAUAAAAAUAAUCACUAAUCUACACACUACCCGAUAAUGACAAAUAAAAAAACAGAUACCUUAUUUACAUAAGUAUUCAGACCCUUUAUGAGACUCAAAAUUGAGCUCAGGUGCAUCCUGUUUCCAUUGAUCAUCCUUGAGAUGUUUCUACAACUUGGUUGGAGUCCACCUGUGGUAAAUUCAAUUGGAUUGGACAUGAUUUGGAAAGGCACCCACCUGUCUAUAUAAUGUCCCUCAGUUGACAGUGCAUGUCAGAGCAAAAACCAAGCCAUGAGGUCAAAGGAAUUGUCUGUAGAGAUCUGAGACAGGAUUGUGUCGAGGCACAGGUCUUGGGAAGGAUACUAAAACAUUUAUGCAGCAUUGAAGGUCCCCAAGAACACAAUGCCCUCCAUCAAUCUUAAAUGAAAGAAGUUUGGAACAACCAAAACUAUUCCUAGAGCUGGCCGCCCGGCCAAACUGAGCAAUCGGGGUAGAAGGGCAUUGAUCAGGGAGGUGACCAAAAACCUGAUGGUCACUCUGACAGAGCUCCAGAGUUCCUCUGUGGAGAUGGUUGUCCUUCUGGAAGGUUCUCCCAUCUCUCUGCCAGAUGGAAGCCGCCACUCAGUAAAAGGCACAUGACAGCCCGCUUGGAGUUUGCCAAAAGGCACCUAAAGGACUCUCAGACCAUGAGAAACAAGAUUCUCUGGUCUGAUGAAACCAACAUUGAACUCUUUGGCCUGAAUGCGAAGCAUCAUGUCUGGAGGAAUACUGGCACCAUCCCUACGGAGAAGCAUGGUGUUGGCAGCAUCAUGCUGUGGGGAUGUUUUUCAGCAGCAGGGACUGGGAGACUAGUCAGGAUCGAGGCAAAGAUGAACAGAGCAAAGUACAGAGAGAUCCUUGAUGAAAACCUGCUCCAGAGCACUCAGGACCUCAGACUGGGGUGAAGGUUCACCUUCCAACAGGACAAUGACCCUAAGCACACAGCCAAGACAACGCAGGAGUGGCUUCGGGACAAGUCUCUGAAUGUCCUUGAGUGGCCCAGCCAGAGUCCGGACUUGAACCCGAUUUGAACCCAAUCUCUGGAGAGACCUGAAAAUAGCUGUGUAGAGCUUGAGAGAAGAAUGGGAGAAACUCCCCAAAUACAGGUGUGCCAAGCUUGUAGCGUCAUACCCAAUAAGACUCAAGGCUGUAAAUGCUGCCAAAGGUGCUUCAACAAAGUACUGAGUAAAGGGUCUGAAUACUUGUGUAAAUGUCAUAUUUCCGUUUAAAAAAAAGGUAUAACCUGUUUUUGCUUUAUAUUCUGUGUAGAUGGAGGGGGGGAAUUAAAAAAAAAUCAAUUUUAGAAUAAGGCUGUAAUGUAACAAAAUGUCAGUGUUCAGGAAACUAUCCUCCAUGUUGGUACCAAAUGUUCCAUGACAAUGGCAUUCUAAUGUGUAAUCUCGAAUGUGAAUACAAUUCUAUAACUAUGGUUUGAUUGUCCGUCAGCUUUUGGCUGGUCAAAAAUUCCACAGUUUACACUGAGCCUGUAAUUACACAGUGGAGUGGUGUGCAGCCAGUUCAACCUGUACACGUUCUCCAUUCAUUCUAUCAAGGCAAUUCCAUUAAACAGUCCACUGUGUUGAUGCUCCGGAAUUUAGUGCAGUGUUUUGACGAUUUAGGGUCUUUGUCAUAGCCUGUACUCUACACCUGCUAGAUGUCCAUACACUACCUGCAGUCAUCCAUUUUAUUUACCUGUUGACUGACUGGUUCAAAAUGUUUUCUUAAUUUUUUUAGUCUCAUUUCAUCUCGGCCCUGACGGUGGUGUUUGUCAACUCCAAGUCCCUGUCAUCUCUGAAGAUCGACGACACACCGGUGGACGACCCGUCCCUGAAGGUCCUGGUGGCCAACAACAGCGACACUCUGAGGCUGUUGAAGAUGAGCAGCUGCCCUCAUGUCUCUCCUGCAGGUAGGGUGCUUGUCUGAGUUUAUGGUCAUUGAAUGGUCCCUAGAAUGGAUUAUUCCAUUGAAUGGUCCCUAGGGCAACUAUACAGUCGACUCCUGAUUAGUGGACAUCAAAUAAGUUCCAACUCUGUUUAAGAAAUGAAUGGGAGUAUAUAUGGAGAUAGUUUAGUGGCAAAAGAAAGGGGGUAAAUACAUGUAAAAAUAUAUACACUGCUCAACAAAAUAAAGGGAACACUUAAACAACACAUCCUAGAUCUGAAUGAAUGAAAUAAUCUUAUUAAAUACUUUUUUCUUUACAUAGUUGAAUGUGCUGACAACAAAAUCACACAAAUUAUCAAUGGAAAUCAAAUGUAUCAACCCAUGGAGGUCUGGAUUUGGAGUCACACUCAAAAUUAAAGUGGAAAACCACACUACAGGCUGAUCCAACUUUGAUGUAAUGUCCUUAAAACAAGUCAAAAUGAGGCUCAGUAGUGUGUGUGGCCUCCACGUGCCUGUAUGACCUCCCUACAACGCCUGGGCAUGCUCUUGAUGAGGUGGCAGAUGGUCUCCUGAGGGAUCUCCUCCCAGACCUGGACUAAAGCAUUCGCCAACUCCUGGACAGUCUGUGGUGCAACGUGGCGUUGGUGGAUGGAGCGAGACAUGAUGUCCCAGAUGUGCUCAAUUGGAUUCAGGUCUGGGGAACGGGCGGGCCAGUCCAUAGCAUCAAUGCCUUCCUCUUGCAGGAACUGCUGACACACUCCAGCCACAUGAGGUCUAGCAUUGUCUUGCAUUAGGAGGAACCCAGGGCCAACCGCACCAGCAUAUGGUCUCACAAGGGGUCUGAGGAUCUCAUCUCGGUACCUAAUGGCAGUCAGGCUACCUCUGGCGAGCACAUGGAGGGCUGUGCGGCCCCCCAAAGAAAUGCCACCCCACACCAUGACUGACCCACCGCCAAACCGGUCAUGCUGGAGGAUGUUGCAGGCAGCAGAACGUUCUGCACGGCGUCUCCAGACUCUGUCACAUGUGCUCAAUAUGAACCUGCUUUCAUCUGUGAAGAGCACAGGGCGCCAGUGGCAAAUUUGCCAAUCUUGGUGUUCUCUGGCAAAUGCCAAACGUCCUGCACGGUGUUGGGCAGUAAGCACAACCCCCACCUGUGGACGUCAGGCCCUCAUACCACCCUCAUGGAGUCUGUUUCUGACCGUUUGAGCAGACACAUGCACAUUUGUGGCCUGCUGGAGGUCAUUUUGCAGGGCUCUGGCAGUGCUCCUCCUGCUUCUCCUUGCACAAAGGCGGAGGUAGCGGUCCUGCUGCUGGGUUGUUGCCCUCCUACGGCCUCCUCCACGUCUCCUGAUGUACUGGCCUGUCUCCUGGUAGCGCCUCCAUGCUCUGGACACUACGCUGACAGACACAGCAAACCUUCUUGCCACAGCUCGCAUUGAUGUGCCAUCCUGGAUGAGCUGCACUACCUGAGCCACUUGUGUGGGUUGUAGACUCCGUCUCAUGCUACCACUAGAGUGAAAGCACCGCCAGCAUUCAAAAGUGACCAAAACAUCAGCCAGGAAGCAUAGGAAUUGAGAAGUGGUCUCUGUGUUCAGAACCACUCCUUUAUUGGGGGUGUCUUGCUAAUUGCCUAUAAUUUCCACCUGUUGUCUAUUCCAUUUGCACAACAGCAUGUGAAAUUUACUGUCAAUCAGUGUUGCUUCCUAAGUGGACAGUUUGAUUUCACAGAAGUGUGAUUGACUUGGAGUUACAUUGUGUUGUUUAAGUGUUCCCUUUAAUUUCUUAUAUGUCCGAAAUAGGACAGACACUUCAGAACAAACUUCCUUUAGAAAUGUUUUGGGCUUAUGUUUAUCCAUGUAUGAAGCUGCUAUUCAAUGCGUUUCUAUGGGCUAAUCAAUUAAAUGUUUAAUCAACCAAUUUUUUUGUAUAUUCUUUUGAUACCUUAAGGGGUCCUAAAAUUCAAAAUCAUAUAGCUAAAUGAUCCUUGGUAUAACCAUUUUAAAACAAUUCCAUAUGUUAGCUUAGCUUUCUAUUUUUUGUAUUAGUUUUGUGCUGUUGGCGGUAGGUGCACUUGAUUCAGCAGCCAUAGUGCCGGGAAGGCAGUGUUCCCAUUUUGAACCAUUUAAUGUGUCUGAAGGUAGAACUCUGCCUACCCGGCAGGCCCAGAGAGCAAAUCAAGUGCACCUACAGGACUACCGCUGGCCAAAAAGAUAGCUCAGAUCACCGUGUCUGCACAGUUUCCUCGAGCCAUAGACUGUAAAAAGAAGCCUUGAGCGCACAGCACAGCUGGAGGACUGUGUCUCCUUUUUGUCAGUGGCGGGAGGGAGAGCGGAGGGGGCGGUGAGUCAAAGAGAGGCAGCCUCACCGCUGCUCACUCUCUCCCCUCAAACUGACCAUCAUAUGCAGGCCAUCAUCAGUCCAGUAAAAUCAAAAAUAAAGCAAGUGAUUAUGCUCACUCAGCUGUGCCUCAAAAGUAAUACAACAAAUGAUCGAAUACAAGUGUGAUCAUAUAGACUAUAUAUACAAAAGUAUGUGGACACCCCUUCAAAUUAGUGGAUUCGGCUAUUUCAGCCACACCCGUUGCUGACAGGUGUAUAAAAUCAAGCACACAGCCAUGCAAUCUCAAUAGACAAACAUUGGCAGUAGAAUGUCCUUACUGAAGAGCUCAGUGACUCAACGUGGCAGCGUCAUAGGAUGCCACUUUUCCAACAAGUCAGUUAGUCAAAUUUCUGCCCUGCUAGAGCUGCCCCGGUCAACUGUAAGUGCUGUUAUUGUGACGUGGAAACGUCUAGGAGCAACAACGGCUCAGCCGCGAAGUGGUAGGCCACACAAGCUCACAGAACGGGACCGCAGAGUGCUGAAUCGUGGGGCGUGUAAAAAUCAUCUGUCCUUUUAAAGUUCCAAACGGCCUCUGGAAGUAACGUCAGCACAAUAACUGUUUGUCGGGAGCUUCAUGAAAUGGGUUUCCAUAGCAGUAGCACACAAGCCUAAGAUCACCAUGCGCAAUGCCAAGCGUCGGCUGGAGUGGCGUAAAGCUUGCCGCCAUUGGACGGCAGAGGAAACGUGUUCUCUGGAGUGAUGAAUCACGGUUCACCAUCUGGCAGUCCAACGUACGAAUCUGUGUUUGGCUGCCCCAAUGCAUAGAGACAAAUGUAAAGUUUGGAGGAGGAAUAAUGGUCUGGGGCUGUCAUAGUUCAGGCUAGGCCCCUUAGUUCUGGUGAAGGGAAAUCUUAACGCUACAGCAUACAAUGACGUUCUAGACGAUUCUGUGCUUCUCACUUUGUGACAACAGUUUGGGGAAGGCCCUUUCCUGUUUCAGCAUGACAAUGCCCCCAUGCACAAAGUAAGAUCCAUUCAGAAAUGGUUUAUAGAGAUCGGUGUGGAAGAACUUGACUGGCUGCACAGAGUCCUGACUUCAACCCAUUCAAACACCUUUGGGAUGAAUUGGAACGCCGACUGCGAGCCAGGCCUAAUCGCCCAACAUCAGUGCCCGACCUCACUACUGCUCUUGUGGCUGAAUGGAAGCAGGUCCCCGCAGCAAUGUUCCAACAUCUAGUGGAAAGCCUGCCCAGAAGAGUGGAGGCUCUUAUAGCAAAAAAUGGGGGACCAACUCCAUAUUAAUGCCCAUGAUUUUGGAAUGAGAUGUUCGACGAGCAGGUGUCCACAUGGAUAAGAGCGUCUGCUAAAUGAUGUAAAUGUAGUGUACCUAAAAUGUUUAAAUAUAUAGUUUCAAAAUGGUCUGAAAAACAACAUUGGCAAGGCAAUUCAAGCAUAGUGAUAAUGCAUUUAUUGGGCAUAUAGCCUACUACAAACUUCAUUGCUACAGAACUAUUUUUAAUAGGUUAAUGUUGCAUAUGUUUACGUUUUUUAAGUCGUGUAAAAAAAAAAAAAAAAAACCUGAGCUGUAGAUCUCUGCUUGCAUUUUGACUCAGUGAUCUUGACUCAGAAAAGGUUGGUGACCACUGCUCUAUAACCUAUCCCACCUCGCUCUGCAACACUGCCUGGCUGGGGCUGUGCGCACGUGAAGAGCUGAUUUAGGUUGUUUUUCCAUGUCUUCUUUCUUAGCAGUUGAAAUUUGAACAAUGUGGCUACUAGUCAUACUCUAAAUCUCAGGCACAAACAUUAGUCGUGUUAUCACGAUAACCUCCCGUACUUAAAGGGGCAGGUGAACAUUUGUCUCAUCUGUAAUAUGUUGGUUCAAAGACUCAGGUCAAACAACAUUUUAUGAAACAAUAUACCACAUUACUUUUUACUAGUAAUACAUGUAUUGUUUUAGAAACAUUACAAUGCAUGCUCAUCAAUUUUUUUGUGUUGAAAUUUUAGCAUUUCUUAUUUAUUCUGGCUGGUAAAAGAAUAUUGAGUGGCUGGUAGAUUUGUAAAUCUACCUGCCACAGUGGCUGGUGGACCGAAAUGGUAAUUUUAGGCCCUGUUCAUCAGUAAUAAGGUCCUCAAUCAGACUUCAAAGAGAGGCUUCUGAAUUCAUUUGUCAAGUCUCCUUUUAAUGGGUUAUUUCAGACCCAUCGUAAUCUACAAACUACAAUAAACUACAAAAGCCAAAUUCAUUGUAGGCGGCAUGAGUGAACUCUAUUCUUAACCAUAUCGUAGAUUUUUCCUGGACCCACUUUAAUAGCCAGCUCUGAUAAGGGCUGUUUAUUUAGUUGAAUCCAGCUGUCUGUUUCUCUGGUAAGCCUACUAUUUAUAGCUUUUAUUUACAUUUACGUCAUUUAGCAGACGCUCUUAUCCAGAGCGACUUACAAAUUGGUGCAUUCACCUUAUAGCCAGAUUUUUUUUUGGGGGGGUAGAAGGAUUACUUUAUCCUAUCCCAAGUAUUCCUUAAAGUGGUGGGGUUUCAAGUGUCUCCGGAAGGUGGUGAGUGACUCUGCCGUCCUGGCGUAGUGAGGGAGCUUGUUCCACCAUUGGGGUGCCAGAGCAGCGAACAGUUUUGACUAGGCUGAGCGGGAACUGUGCUUCCGCAGAGGUAGGGGGGCCAGCAGGCCAGAGGUGGAUGAACGCAAUGCCCUCGUUUGGGUGUAGGGACUGAUCAGAGCCUGAAGGUACGGAGGUGCCGUUCCCCUCAUAGCUCCGUAGGCAAGCACCAUGGUCUUGUAGCAGAUGCGAGCUUCAACUAGAAGCCAGUGGAGUGUGCGGAGGAGCGGGGUGACGUGAGAGAACUUGGGAAGGUUGAACACCAGACGGGCUGCGGCAUUCUGGAUGAGUUGUAGGGGUUUAAUGGCACAGGCAGGGAGCCCAGCCAACAGCGAGUUGCAGUAAUCCAGACGGGAGAUGACAAGUGCCUGGAUUAGGACCUGUGCCGCUUCCUGUGUAAGGCAGGGUCGUACUCUCCGAAUGUUGUAGAGCAUGAACCUACAGGAUCGGGUCACUGCCUUGAUGUUAGCAGAGAACGACAGGGUGUUGUCCAGGGUCACGCCAAGGCUUUUUGCACUCUGGGAGGAGGACACAACGGAGUUGUCAAUCGUGAUGGCAGUUAGCAGUGCGGAGAGCCUCCGUGACACAGAGAAGAGCAGUCUCAGUUGAAUGACCAGUCUUGAAACCUGACUGGUUUGGAUCAAGAAGGUCAUUCUUAGAGAGAUGGUGGGGGGAAUGAUUCAGCAGGGAGGAGAAGGUGGCAAAGAGCUUCCUAUGGUUAGAGGCAGAUGCUUGGAAUUUAGAGUGGUAGAAAGUGGCUUUAGCAGCAGAAACAGAGGAAGAAAAUGUAGAGGGGAGGGAGUGAAAAGAUGCCAGGUCCGCAGGGAGUCUAGUUUUCCUCCAUUUCCGCUCGGUUGCCCGGAGCCCUGUUCUGUGAGCUCGCAAUGAGUCGUUAAGCCACGGAGCAGGAGGGGAGGACCAACCCGGCCGUGAGGAUAGGGGACAUAGAGAGUCAAAGGAUGCAGAAAGGGAGGAGAGGAGGGUUGAGGAGGCAGAAUCAGGAGAUUGGAGGGAGAAGGAUUGAGCAGAGGGAAGAGAUUAUAGGAUGGAAGAGGAGAGAGUAGCUGGAGAGAGAGCGUGACGGUUGCGACGGCGCAUUACCGUCUGAGUAGGGGCAGAGUGAGUAGUGUUGGAGGAGAGCGAGAGAGAAAAGGAUACAAAGUAGUGGUCGGAGACAAGGGGAGUUGCAGUGAGAUUAGUGGAAGAACAGCAUCUAGUAAAGAUGAGGUCAAGCGUAUUGCCUGCCUUGUGAGUAGGGGGGGACGGUGAGAGGGUGAGGUCAAAAGAGGAGAGGAGUGGAAAGGAGGAGGCAGAGAGAAAUGAGUCAAAGGUAGACGUAGGGAGGUUAAAGUCACCCAGAACUGUGAGGGGUGAGCCAUCUGUCAGGAAAGGAACUUAUCUAGGCGUCAAGCUCAUUGAUGAACUCUCCAAGGGAACCUGGAGGGCGAUAAAUGAUAAGGAUGUUAAGCUUGAAUGGGCUAGUGACUGUGACAGCAUGGAAUUCAAAUUAGGAGAUAGACAGAUGGGUCAGGGGAAAAAGAGAGAAUGUCCACUUGGGAGAGAUGAGGAUUCCUGUACCACCACCCUGCUGACCAGAUGCUCUCGGGGUAUGCGAGAACACAUGGUCAGACGAGGAGAGAGCAGUAGGAGUAGCAGUGUUUUCAGUGGUAAUCCAUGUUUCCGUCAGUGCCAAGAAGUCGAGGGACUGGAGGGUAGCAUAGGCUGAGAUGAACUCUGCCUUGUUGGCCGCAGAACGGCAGUUCCAGAGGCUGCCGUAGACCUGGAACUCCACGUGGGUUGUGCGCGCAGGGACCACCAGGUUAGAGUGGCAGCAACCACACGGUGUGAAGCGUUUGUAUAGCCUGUGCAGAGAGGAGAGAACAGGGAUAGACAGAUGCAUAGUUGACAGGCUACAGAAAAUGGCUACAAUAAUGCAAAGGAGAUCGGAAUGAAAUGAAAUGAACUAAACAUCUGGGAAAGCGAGCGAGCGGGGCCUCCCUCACUUACGUUUCACUGAAACACCCAAAUAUAACUCUCCCAACUUCCACCUCAGAAACUAUAAUUGUUGUAAACUACAGCGGUUCAAUGUUUUCUAGGAAUAGACUAACUUAGUUUAUUCAGCUAGCUAACUUGGUACAGUAUUCUUCCGUGAAAACUGUCCAGGGCACCGAAUCCUAUGAUGCCACAGCCAACUAGCAUGCCAGCCUCCAACAACACGGUUUAGCACCAAUACUCGGUCACAACAAACCACCAGUGUGUCAACACGCCAAGCAGAUCAUUUGUGUCCGUGUCUAACGUUGUGGGUUAGUCCCGACAGCUUGAGCGAGUCCGUUGUCAACUUAUUCAGCCAGUUAGUUAGCUAGAAUAGUUAGCAUACUAGCUAGCCAUUGCUUUCUGCCAACGAAAAACAAAAACUCCUCCCAGAGCACGAACACACAGAGAGCCAAGCUAACGUUAACUAGUCACCCAUGUCCCGAAUUCCCUUGAACGAUUCUGGUUACCAGUAUGUAAAAACAAAACACAAAUGUAGGUUAUAACUUACCCCUAGCAGCUACUGUUAGCUAGCCAAGUGCAAAGCUAGCCACUGAAUCAACUUUUAUGUCUGAGCUCUAAUUCCCCUCAAUGGUCGAAAUGGGUCUGAUAACAUUUCAAGCUUGCCAAUACCAGGGCUCUUUAACGCCGGACCUGGAGGGCCGAAACACUUCUGGUUUUUGUUUCUAUCUGGUAGUUAAAGGGCAACUCCACCACUUUUCAACCUCAAGUUCUACCCGAAGACAUCAUCAAAAGUUAAAACAUUUUAAAAAGUGAUUUUCAAAGACUGAGAUUCGUGGUGACGUGGGGAGCAAGAAAAUACCCUCCCUGGCUAGAAACCAGUUGCAGGUCUUGUUAAUCAUUUUAUUUUUAUUUUACUUUUAAUCCUAGCAUUUUUUAGGACAUUAUCUUUUUAACCACAGCUCAUAGAAACGUGCCGUUUUAACAUAUGUAGACACUGGUAUGGUGCUGGAGAUAUGAGGUUGAAAAGUGGUGGAAUUGUCCUUUUAAUUGCACUCACCUGAUAUCCUAGGUCUGAAUUAAACCAGAAGUGUUUCGGCCUUCCAGGACCAGAUUUGGAGAGCCCUGGCCUAUACUAUAAUGCAUCUGCCUGUAAAGAGCUUUGAUUGUUUUGAAGUUUAAGUGCGCUACCUUCAUAUCUGUAGUUUCAAACCGAAAACCUUGGGCACAACACUGAAAGCCCUCAUUAACACUUAAACUGCCGGGUGUCGCUAUCCCCCUCACUACACCAAUGAGCAGCCUUUUGACUGCAACGUUCUAACUUGGCUUGGGCGGUAUAACGUAUACCGGGGGUAUUUGGGAAAAAGCCACUGGAUGGUUUUUCAAUACCGUUGAAACUAUUUAUUUCAAGUUUUAUACAUUUGAAUAUUUGUAGCUACUUUUUAAGUAAAUACCUGCAGUCAACUUGUGCAGUACGUUAGGAGAUAAAGAACAUUUCAUCUGUCACAUUAUUAUGUAGUUUACGGUAGUCCCCAGUCACGUGGUGUUUGUUUACAAGCACACAACGACAAGAGACCGGAGCCUUGUGUGUCACUCACUGUCAUGCAGCACGCGCCAGGUGAUCUAAUUACAGCAUGGAAUUCACAACUAAAUGUUUGCCAGCUAGAUAUCUUAUAACUAUUAAGUUAACUGUCUAAAAUGUGCUAAAUGCUCAGCAGUUGGGCAUUUGGUUUGCUAAUUUAGUGUUAAGUGAUUAGCUUCUUCCAUAAUCAAGCAUUCGCUUGUUAACAGCAGAGAAUCCCCUCCUGGAUCAAGAGCCUUGCUGGCUAAUAUUCAUUUUGUGUGUGCAGCAAACUGUGAGUAGCGUUUUUGAUUUACUUGUAUAGUUUAGGUCAGGAACUGUACAAAAUGUUUGCAAUGCAUUCGUUAGCAUUGUCUAUGAGGAUUCCUUAUUAUUUGUUAGCAUUUUGUUUAGCAUUAUGGUAAGUGACCUUUUUUUGGGCUAUGAAUAUUUACUUUUAAGUAAAUACCUGCAGUCAACUUGUGCACUACGUAAUAGAUAAGCAGAUCGCGUUCAUCAUUUCGCACGUUAGAUCGUUUUUCAUUAUGAAGCUUUUUUUAAAGUGUUAAGCCAUUAACCGAAAGGUUGCUGGUUCGAAUACCCGAACCGACUAGGUGAAAAAUAUCUGCCCUUGAGCAAGGCACUUAACCCUAAGUGCUCCUGUAAGUCGCUCUGGAUAAGAGCGCCUGCUAAAUGACUAAAACUUCAAUUUAAAACUUAUCCAAGAUGUGCUAAAUGGCUAACAUUAGCUUGCAAGAUCAAACUUCAUGGUAACAGCAGCAAGACAACCCCUCCUAGAUUAAGAUCCCAGGUGCCUAAUAUUUGUUUUGUGUGUGCUGCAAACUGCUUUUGAGAUACUUGCAUAACUUUAGGAGCUGGGUUGUCUGUCCUAGUAGUAAUGCCCUCGUUAGCAUUUACCUAGCAUCCGCUAUGUGAAUUCCUUAGUACUUGUUAGCAUUUUGUUAAGUGAUGUUUUUUUGUGGCUUUUUUUACAUUUGAAUUUUUUUUAUAGCACCCCUUGUGUGCGCUACAGUAAUACCGUACACAGGCAUGGUGUGAAAGUAUGGAAAUAUGGAUACCGCCCAACCCUGAUUUCAAAAUAAUAAUUUUGUUGUGUUUAUUAAGGUCUUGGCUAAGAUUAGAAUACGUAUAUACACUGCUCAAAAAAAUAAAGGGAACACUUAAACAACACAAUGUAACUCCAAGUCAAUCACACUUCUGUGAAAUCAAACUGUCCACUUAGGAAGCAACACUGAUUGACAAUACAUUUCACAUGCUGUUGUGCAAAUGGAAUAGACAACAGGUGGAAAUUAUAGGCAAGACACCCCCAAUAAAGGAGUGGUUCUGCAGGUGGUGACCACAGACCACUUCUCAGUUCCUAUGCUUCCUGGCUGAUGUUUUGGUCACUUCUGAAUGCUGGCGGUGCUUUCACUCUAGUGGUAGCAUGAGACGGAGUCUACAACCCACAAAAGUGGCUCAGGUAGUGCAGCUCACCCAGGAUGGCACAUCAAUGCGAGCUGUGGCAAGAAGGUUUGCUGUGUCUGUCAGCGUAGUGUCCAGAGCAUGGAGGCGCUACCAGGAGACAGGCCAGUACAUCAGGAGAUGUGGAGGAGGCCGUAGGAGGGCAACAACCCAGCAGCAGGACCGCUACCUCCGCCUUUGUGCAAGGAGGAGCAGGAGGAGCACUGCCAGAGCCCUGCAAAAUGACCUCCAGCAGGCCACAAAUGUGCAUGUGUCUGCUCAAAAGGUCAGAAACAGACUCCAUGAGGGUGGUAUGAGGGCCCGACGUCCACAGGUGGGGGUUGUGCUUACAGCCCAACACCGUGCAGGACGUUUGGCAUUUGCCAGAGAACACCAAGAUUGGCAAAUUCGCCACUGGCGCCCUGUGCUCUUCACAGAUGAAAGCAGGUUCACACUGAGCACAUGUGACAGACGUGACAGAGUCUGGAGACGCCGUGCAGAACGUUCUGCUGCCUGCAAAAUCCUCCAGCAUGACCGGUUUGGUGGUGGGUCAGUCAUGGUGUGGGGUGGCAUUUCUUUGGGGGGCCGCACAGCCCUCCAUGUGCUCGUCAGAGGUAGCCUGACUGCCAUUAGGUACCGAGAUGAGAUCCUCAGACCCCUUGUGAGACCAUAUGCUGGUGCGGUUGGCCCUGGGUUCCUCCUAAUGCAAGACAAUGCUAGACCUCAUGUGGCUGGAGUGUGUCAGCAGUUCCUGCAAGAGGAAGGCAUUGAUGCUAUGGACUGGCCCGCCCGUUCCCCAGACCUGAAUCCAAUUGAGCACAUCUGGGACAUCAUGUCUCGCUCCAUCCACCAACGCCACGUUGCACCACAGACUGUUGAGGAGUUGGCGGAUGCUUUAGUCCAGGUCUGGGAGGAGAUCCCUCAGGAGGCCAUCCUCAUCAGGAGCAUGCCCAGGCGUUGUAGGGAGGCCAUACAGGCACGUGGAGGCCACAUACACUACUGAGCCUCAUUUUGACUUGUUUUAAGGACAUUACAUCAAAGUUGGAUCAGCCUGUAGUGUGGUUUUCCACUUUAAUUUUGAGUGUGACUCCAAAUCCAGACCUCCAUGGGUUGAUAAAUUUGAUUUCCAUUGAUAAUUUGUGUGAUUUUGUUGUCAGCACAUUCAACUAUGUAAAGAAAAAAGUAUUUAAUAAGAUUAUUUCAUUCAUUCAGAUCUAGGAUGUUUUAUUUUAGUGUUCCCUUUAUUUUUUGAGCAGUAUAUAUAUAUAUAUAUAUAUAUAUAUAUAUAUAUAUAUAUAUAUAUAAUAAAAAAAAAUCAUUCAUUCAAUGAACACAAUAGCAUUUUCAUUUGUUUGUUACUGUAGGCGAUCUCCUGUGUGCUCAUGUUUUGGAGCGCAAAGGAACAGCGGUUAUUCUUGGUCUUGGAUGAAGUGAUGUUUUGAAAUAGAGCUCAUCUCUUAAAUUUGGAGUUAUUUGGCGACGGUAGGCUUAGUGUUUUGAAAACCUCAAUCUGUUCUUUCUGAUACUAUAUAGAAUUCAAAACGUCUUACCUGUAUGUGACUGUAGGAGGAUUAGGAAAAAAGUACAUUUACUUUUAAAACCCGCUUAUAACGCUUUCUGUUUGUGAUAUCAAAAUUCUAACAAUAUAAGUGUGUUAAACAGACUUAUUUAGGAAAAUUCAAGGACUGAGGCGGGCAUGAUGUAAAAAAUUGCAGAGCCAUUUCAAUUUUACAUUAAUAUGCAGUCAAAAUGACUGUCUCGGCUCUUCUACUGUUACACCAUUUAAAACUAAACUAAUUAAUUCGAAUGAAUAGGGAUAUAUAAUGUUAUAACAGGACUAUAUUUCUAAACCAAACUUUGCUGUGUGUGCAGGUAUCCUGUGUGUGGCGGACCAGUGCCAUGGCCUGAGGGAGCUGGCGCUUAACUACCACCUGCUGAGCGACGAGCUCUUAUUAGCCCUCUCCUCGGAGAAACACGUGCACCUGGAGCAUCUCCGCAUUGACGUGGUCAGUGAGAACCCCGGGCAGCACUUCCACACCAUCAAGAAGUCCAGUUGGGACGCUAUGGUGCGCCACUCGCCCAAGUUCAACCUGGUCAUGUACUUCUUCCUCUACGAGGACGAGUUCGGCCCCUUCUUCAAGGAGGAGGCCCCCAUCACCCACCUCUACUUUGGUCGCUCGGUCAGUAAGGACGUGCUGGGCCGCGUGGGGCUCCACUGCCCCCGGUUGGUGGAGUUGGUGGUGUGUGCCAACGGGCUGCGGCCACUGGACGAGGAGCUAAUCCGCAUCGCCAAGCGCUGCACCCAGCUGUCGGCCAUUGGCCUUGGGGAGUGUGAGGUGUCGUGCAGUGCGUUCGUGGAAUUCGUGAAGAUGUGCGGUCGGAGGUUGUCCCAGUUGUCCAUCAUGGAGGAGGUGCUGAUUCCCGACCAUAAGUACAACCUGGACGAAAUCCACUGGGAGGUGUCAAAGCACCUGGGCCGUGUCUGGUUCCCCGACAUGAUGCCCACCUGGUAG